GAUGUAAUAAAGCAAAUAGUUUACUAUACGUAAAUCUACUGUAGUGUAAAAACCUAAACUAGAAGCAAGUAAAAUAGAAUAUUUUAUUAAAGUUCAACAAAAACCUGUGUGUAAGAUUCUUCAGCAAACCACUGUUUAGCAAUCUUAAUUAUUAGAGAAUAAUUCAAAUGUAUUUAAGUAUUGAAUGAGAUUUAAACAUUUUUAGUAGAGAUGAAUUAAAAAAAUUAUAGAAUGAAAAUGAACAACUAAAGUAAUUGCUUAAUAAUAAGUUUUAAGAGUAUGAUAAGAAAAUUACAAUAAUGAGCGAGGUAUUUUUAUUCUUAUCAAAAGUUAACAAAAUAAUUAGAAAACGAAUUGAAGAAAAAGGAAGAUGAUAUUGAUUAUUUUGUUCAUAGGAUUGAUAUAAAGGAUAAGGAAAUCAAAUUAUAGAAAGAACUUAUUAUUAAAUUGAAAAAUAAGAAGAAGGAUUAUAAGAAGAAAUUCCUAGAAUCAUAAUAAUCGAAUCAAUAACAACAAUAAUAAGAUCCCUUUUAAUAAUUAUUAGAAAUGAGAGCACUUCUUCUCUAAUUUAGAUUGACAGCUUAGGUUCUACCAAUUCUUUAAUAAUAAUCUAGAUUAAGAUAAUAUUAAAAUCAAUUUAUUGAUGUAGACAAUAUGAAUUAUGAAUAAUUAUUAUAGUUAGGAGAAUAGAUAGGGUAUAUUUUUAGUAUUUAUAUUAGAACUGUGGAUAAUGGUAUAGCUAGAGAAGAUAUCAGAAGAAUUCGUAAGAGAGUGAUACAAGCAAGUGAUAAUAUAUAAGGAGUAUGUCCAGUUUGUUAAUGUAAUAUGGAAAUAGGGGAGAAGUAUAGGAAAUUGGGUUGCAAUCAUUAUUAUCAUGCUAAAUGCAUUAAAAUAUGGUUAUUGUAGCAUAAUAAUUGUCCUGUUUGCAAACAGACUGUUGUAAUUGCUAUUUGA